AUGACGGAUGCCAUGAACAUGUAUUUCUAUCAUUACAGAGUUCGGGUCGUCUCCUCUGCGUAUCCUCUCGAUGCUGCUCGGAUGAGUAUUUUCUGGUCGCGGAACGCAGUCGUUUCGCCCGCUUUGCUCCAGACAUUCCUCUUCCUGGCUGCCACGCAUAAAGCGGCUCUGGAGUCUAAUAAAGGGGUCUCGUCCCAGGUUACUCAAAAGUCUUUCAGAGAUUCCAUCCGUUUCCGGGUUAAUGCCAUCAGAACCUUGAACGACCUUCUCCAGGAUCCCACAACAGCGGCAGCAGAAUCUACCAUAAUGCUUGUGGGUGCAAUUAUGUCAUUCGAGGCACUCAAUGCAGAGUUCAAGUCACUGCAGGCUCAUAUGGAAGGCCUAAAAACACUUAUAAGAUUGAAAGGCGGGUUGCAUGCAUUGAAUCAUAUGACGCUGUCAAAAAUAUACCAGUACAAUGCCCUUCUCAUUUCCGUCAGCGACGUGGCCUGUGCGGCUCUGCAGAAUUCAAGGCCAAGCUUCCCGAUGUUGCCUAGAUUUCGUAGCGGGAUCCUGCAGGAAGCAAGAAUGUUCCACAGAGGCGUUAGCGACUUUGGAUCUGGGAUCCCUGCUGCUCUAACCUCUCUCGGCACUCGUUUUGCCAGGACUUCCUGGUAUUCCGAGCUAGAUUCAUCCAUGAAAUACACUAUCGACGUAUGCCAACGGCUCCUUUUGCACCUUGAGAUGGCAACUAUAAUACCCAAUGUUGUCAUGCCCACAGACAAUGACCUCUACCUUCUUUUCCAACAUCAUCUCCUUUCCCUCCACUACCCCAUUCGAAAAAAUGAUUUGAAUGAGCCAAUUCGUCGAACGCUCUUCAUAUACUUAUUCCUGUUUGUCUCGUACUUCCAGAGCUUCCCAAUUAUGCAGCACCUGGUUGAUGCGCUCAGAGAAAGCAUAGUCCUUAGGCUUCCAUAUUUGGAGGUUACCGCUCCCGACUUACUAUUCUGGAUUCUCUUCAUUGGAGGCAUGGCGUCGCAGGGAUACAGCUCCCAUCCAUGGUUUGUGGUUCAUACUAGGGCCAUGGCGGCUCGUCUUGACCUGGAGCAAUGGGACAAGGCCCGACCUGUGCUCAUGGAGUUUUUCUACACUGGUCAACCUGGACAGAAGGGGGCGGAGGACUUGUGGAAUGAGGUGCUGGCCCCUUCAUACCCUUAUAUAGCUCCCAAACCUGCGUUGGCGGCUCUCGAAAUCCAUCGGACGAAUUGA